UGGAAUAAGGCAAGGACGUCCUCAAGACAAAGGGGCUGCUCACCGAGGCUCCGCCCAUACCCCGCCCAAAGCCUCCAACCACAAUUGCCACCGUAUGCGUUGAUUGGUGGCGUGUUGUGUCCGUCGAACUCCAUGACCGGAGUCGUGAGGCUUGCGGUUGGCUGCAAUGGAGAAGGCGGCGGGCCGGGUUCUGGUUGCUUGAUGAGGAGACGCCGGUUGCGAGUAUAGCUGAGACAGGAAGCCGAGUGGAGCGGAUUGUCUGGGGCCUGGGGAAUACCAACCACACAGGGAGAGGGGCGCUUUAGUCAAAUCCCUAGGGCGCAGCCGUAUCGGUGACCCGUUCCCACCCUAAUAAUGGAAGAUACCAUCUAUGUCCCCGCUGACCUGACUCCUGAGGAGCGGAUUGAGUUGGAAAACAUUCGCCGCAGGAAACAGGAACUGCUGGAAGAGAUUCAGAGGCUGCGGGAUGAGCUGAGUGAGGCCAUGAAUGAGGUGGAGGGCCUGGAGGCCAAUGAAGGAAGCAAGACUUUACAAAGAAAUAGAAAAAUGGGAAUGGGACGAAAGAAAUUCAACAUGGAUCCUAAAAAGGGGAUCGUUUACCUGCAGGAGAAUGAAUUACUCCGUAACACUCCAGAAGAUAUUGCACGCUUCCUAUAUAAAGGGGAAGGCUUGAACAAGACUGCAAUAGGGGAUUAUCUAGGGGAGAGAGAUGACUUCAACAUUUCAGUCCUCCAUUCCUUUGUUGACCUUCAUGAAUUUACAGACCUGAACUUAGUGCAGGCACUCAGGCAGUUCCUGUGGAGUUUCCGCUUGCCAGGGGAAGCCCAGAAAAUCGACCGGAUGAUGGAGGCAUUUGCGCAACGUUAUUGCAUAUGCAACCCAGGCGUGUUUCAGUCCACAGACACGUGCUACGUCCUUUCUUUCGCUGUCAUCAUGUUAAACACUAGCUUGCACAAUCCCAACGUUCGCGACAAGCCUGGCGUGGAACGAUUCAUCUCCAUGAACCGAGGUAUAAAUGAUGGCGGAGACCUUCCCGAGGAACUUCUAAGGAACCUAUAUGAUAGCAUUCGAAAUGAGCCAUUUAAGAUCCCAGAGGAUGAUGGGAAUGAUUUAACGCACACUUUCUUUAACCCCGACAGAGAGGGCUGGCUCCUCAAACUGGGUGGUCGAGUGAAAACAUGGAAGAGGCGUUGGUUUAUUCUGACAGACAAUUGUUUGUAUUAUUUUGAAUAUACUACGGAUAAGGAGCCCCGUGGAAUUAUCCCGCUCGAGAAUCUCAGUAUUCGGGAAGUUGAGGAUCCAAGAAAACCGAACUGCUUUGAGUUGUAUAUUCCAAACAACAAGGGGCAGCUGAUCAAAGCCUGCAAGACGGAAGCUGAUGGGAGGGUGGUGGAGGGGAACCAUAACGUAUACAGAAUUUCUGCACCAACGCCGGAAGAGAAGGAAGAAUGGAUUAAGUCAAUAAAGGCAGCAGUUAGCGUGGACCCUUUCUACGAGAUGCUGGCGGCCCGUAAGAAGCGCAUCUCUGUCAAGAAAAAACAGAUGCAGCAGCAACAGCAAGAACAGUCUUAAUGGAGCCGCCAUGUAACAUUUCAACAAUGCCACCCUGCGGAGCCACCAAUUCAAUACAAAGCCCCUGUAGCAAGGGAAAGGUUGCAGCAGCCUACACAAUGAAGCAUUCUUCAGAACCAAAUCGGCUAUUUUCCCUGAAGAUCUUAUAGCGUAGCUUGAAGUAUUAUGGGUUUGCAACAUUUCUAUAGUGCUGUCCGCCAAGGGCAGGGGAUUGAGGCUAUGAACGAGAGCCUCCUCGGCAGGGUCACUAUUCUUGGAUUGUGUUUUGUUUUAUUCUGUAAAUUCUUUGUUGGUUUGAACUGUGAAACUGUUCAAUGGAAACCUUAUGACCACAUUAUAAAUCAGUAUGACUGGCAAACCUAUACACAGCUCAAGGUGUGGCUCUUUCACAUAAGGUGCAGGAAUGCGCUUCAUGACCAGAGGGCUUGGCCUUUCUGUUGCUCCUACCGUUUGCAAGCUUGGUUUGUAGCUUGGCUUGGAUUUAGCUUCCAGGCCUAAAGAUGAGACAUUGGGAAUUCCAUUUGGAGAACAUAUUCCUGCUACUGUGGAGAGCCAGGUCGUGACUUCAGGUUCUGCUUAGUAUCCUAUAUUCCCUGGCCUAAUGGAGAAUAAAUUGUCUGCUGUAAAUCAUAAGAUGGACACCUAUCAGAGACUGAACCACUAUACAGAAGAACCAGAAAAGCACAGAAAGCUGAGGAGCAGGAUCUCUUGGUGUCCAGAGUAAUGCCAACCAUUGGCCUCAUAGAACGUGUUCCUAGUACUGAGUGUAAAAAAAGGGUAUUAAAGCACAAUUUAAUCUGAAAUGUAACACAGCUCUGGGUGAUGGGGAAGGGGGGGGGGGUAGUCACAUGGGUGUGAGUUACAGGAAACCACAGGGCAAGAAAUGUACAGUUGAAAAUGAAAUGAACCCAAUUGGGCUUACUGAAAUUGUAUGUAUAGUGUACAUAUGUCAUGUGCCUGAGCCAUAACAAGACUGGUCACUUGUCCACUAGGCUGAGAUUGGGGUGGAUCAGUGCCAUUUGCGUUGCUGGAAUUGACUCCAAUACAGAGGGAGGGUUGAUGCUGUGGUGAUGAGUACACUUCCGCUGCCAUGCACUGUUUUAUAUAUUGGACUCCUGGCAGCAAAUAGUAUUCCAUACGGGGCUUAUCCUAGCGAUCGUGCUAUAGUGAGGUUUGUCUGACUGGGGACAGUACACUGUGCACUCACACACCUUCUGUAUGGUCGUUUCUACCACCAUCUACGACCAGACAGGUUUUUAUAAAUUAGAUAUAUUCCCUCUUAUUCUUUCUUUUACUGUGAAUUGGGAGAGAUUUGGCUGUGUCCUUUAUAAAGCAAUAAAAAUGUCACUUUGGGAUUUUGUACCCACAUACUUUCAUGCCAAAAUCCAUUUCUUCUGACAGUGUUAGUAGUAGAGGCUUGCUUCCCCCCCACCCAUUUUGUCAGUAAGCCCUGAAACAUUUAUUGCCACCCUGCAAACUGGUGCUGUCCAACUUAUUAUUUGUAGUGGGGCAAAAUAUUCUUAUACAGCAUGUUUGAGGCGCAGAUUAAAUUUAAAAUGAGGAUGUCAGACAGUCUGUGGAGCCUUUAUGCAGACCGGGGGCCAUAAAGAUCCUUUUGGAGGGGCCAUAUUCUGCCUUUUCUGAUGCAGUUUGCAGCAGGUUUUUAUUUUUUGUAGUUCGAACAUCAUACAAGAUCUAAAGAGCUGGUUCAGACUCAGUUGGCAGCUUAUCUGCCCUGUUGGGGCCCACUGACAGCCUGCCCAACUGAUAUCUGGCCAACAAUUUUUUAAGAUAUGGAUUGGGCAGGUUUUAAAAUCCUUUUGGACAAGGAGCACUUUGGCACGUUCACUCUGUCUCCAUCUGAUGGGUUUUCGUAGGCCUCAAUGGAUAAUCCGGUUGUUGGCUAUAGGGCCAAUGAUUGGACUGGUCUGAUUUGACCCAGCAAGUGCGUGACCAAACUAGGUCCAGAUCUGUUUAUCUUGCAACCUCUCCAAACAAGAGGCUCUGGCUGUGUAUAGCAACUUUAAGACAAUUCUGUGAAGUGAAAGAAUGGACAGAAACACAGAGUAGCCUCUAGGGGACAGGACCCAAGUUUACCAUACUUGGGAAGAUCUGCUUAGCUGUAAAAUGAGCAGAAUUUUGGCUUAUUUGGCCAAGCCACAUGUAGGGGGUAAUCUGAGUUAUAUUAGUUCAGUCCUUAGGCCAUGGAUCAGGUCACACAUAGAAUGUAAGACACUGACCAAUGCAGUUGUGCAUUCUGACUGUUGCCAUUGGGAAAAACAGACUCAGCGCACAGAAUCCAUGUAUGUUAUAUAUCAUUCACAUACAUGUCAUUCCUCUGUAUGAGAGCAGUCACAAGAGGGCAUGUUUAUGCCUGACCUGUCACAUAAUGUACAGGGUAAGUUAUUUUCUUCGCAUAAAAUAAUUUUGAGGUUUAUAUUUAUUGAAAACUCCAUGCUGGCUCAAACUUCCAUAUUUAUCAAGAUCAUUCUGGGCAAUGCCCAUGGUAAGUAUGGAACGCUGUACCAUUGAUAUCAUAUAGUGAUUAGGUUAUCAUUCAGACAUUUAGCAUAUUUGUGUUUAUUUAAUCGGUGUGAGCUGAUUAAGUCAAAGGUUCUGUUUCAUGCCUUCCAGCUGGGCUGUAUUGGCUUGGUGUAUAGGUCUGUACCUAGAAUUGAUUUGAUAAGCUAAUAUUUAUGCCUAUCAAGAAGUAGCAAGGGGGAAUAUACCACUUCCUGGGCCUCUGAUGUCCCGUCAUGGUGGAAAGAUGACACACAGAACUGUUGGUGCCCCUUGCUAUUGGAGAGCAAUAACUGCCAAAGGACCACCCAUGCAAAACUAGACAGCCAUUGUUACAGAUGGGAAUGAUUGAUACAGGCUUCAGACCUCUUAGGCAAAAAGACACUACAGCUUAAACAGUUCAUCCAGCAUUGAUCCACCAACUGCUUUCUGGUCGGACUCGCUGUACCGCGGGAAGAAAAGCACAUCUCUUUGGAUAUGUUAUCAAGGGGGCAUUAAGGCUUCAGUUUUGCGAUGUCACUGUAACGUUCAGCAGGUAUAUAUAUUUUUGUAAAUCUUUGUGCCAAAGGAAAUUGGUUUCUUCCUUUUCCCCACUGCACUGUGCCUGUCUCGUCAACUAAUUUAUCAGCAGAAGUACUGUGAAACUAUGUCCGGACCGGAUACCUCAUCUUCCUCGUCAGUGUGGGAAGUAAAUGGAAUGAAUUGGCUUGGAGUUUUUGUUUCUAUUUUUCCUUUUUAAUAUUGUAUGCAAACCUUUGACUUAAUAAUAAAGACUGACAUACUAUA